UUUUAGUGAUUUUGUAUAUAGUACAACAGCGAAUACAAUAUUCAAGAUCUCAAUUAUAAUGUUAUGAUCCUAACCCAAGCCCCACUUUAUCUGUUAAAUCUUGCACCAAAUCAAAAAGAAAAUUCUGAGAGUGAGAUAGAAUGAUCAUAGAUCAUUAUUAACAAAGUCCAAUAAUGUUUGAUUGUUGGUAUUUUCAUAUUAAUAUGCCCACUUAUAUUAAAUACUUAUAUUAAAUUUGGUUAUACGUCAUAAUAUACACCUAUAAUAUACACCUUUACCAAAGAGCCUCUUCCACAGCUUUAGUGGCAGCUAUGAUUAUGAAGUGAAAACAUUUGAUAACUACUGAAUUUAAAUUGGAUUUUUUUUUUUUGUUGAUAAUAUAUACUUGUGACAGACUUUGAAUUCUUUAGUUUGGACUAUUAGGAACUGGUGUAGUGCUAUGAAUUUAUAGAAAUAUACUUAAUGAAGAAGACAUGAUUAAAUGCAUGCAGCCCUUAUAUAUAUGUCUGUGUGUUUAUGGAAAAGGAAACAGGCUAGGACAGAAUAAGAUUCUCAUAGUUAUAUUUUAUGAAUAUUGUUUUUGUUUAGCCAUUUUUUAAACAACAAACUGCAGAUUCUCAUGAAUAAAGAUUUUUUUUUUAAAUUCUUUGGCACCGACAAGGUUUUAGUGGCAUUUCAUUGCAGUUCAGCUCUUAGCUUCAAAGUGGAGCAAUCGAGCUAGGGUUUUAGCAGAAGAGAGAGAGAGAGAUGUUGUACAUAGUGGGAUUGGGAUUUGGUGACGAGAGAGACAUAACUCUUAGAGGCUUAGAGGUGGUGAAGCAAUGCGACAAGGUCUACAUCGAAGCUUAUACUUCUCUUCUCUCUUUCGGUAUCUCUUCAGAUGGCCUUUCUACCCUGGAAAAACUUUAUGGAAGGCCAGUGAUUCUUGUCGAUAGAGAAAUGGUUGAGGAAGAAGUUGAUGAAAUACUCUCAGCUGCUCAUGUUUCUGAUGUGGCUUUCCUUGUAGUUGGCGACCCUUUUGGAGCAACAACUCACACUGAUCUUGUUGUUCGGGCAAAGAAAUUGGGUAUUGUUUUCAAAGUAAUACACAAUGCUUCGGUGAUGAAUGCCAUUGGAAUUUGUGGGUUGCAUCUCUACCGUUAUGGAGAGACAGUGUCAAUACCAGUCUUUGCUCAAACCUGGAGACCAGACAGCUUCUAUGAGAAAAUUCAAAGCCACCAGAAUCUUGUUCUACAUACUCUCUGCUUAUUAGGUGAGAUAUUCAUAGGGAAGAAGCAGUAUGAACCACCUAGGUACAUGACAAUAAAGACUUCCAUUGAGCAGCUCCUGGAAGUUGUGCAAGCAAAAGUAGAAUAUGUCUACAAUGAAGACACGGAGUGUGUUGGUUUUGCUAGAAUUGGAAGUGAAGUGAAGAUCGUUGUGGCUGGUACAAUGAAACAACUUCAAUUGAUACAUUUUGGAGCUCCUCUUCACUGUCUUGUCAUAACAAGCAAUACCCAUCCAGUGGAAGAAGAAAGGCUGGAUUUCUACAGAGUGGGAAAAGAGAAUCUGGAGCAAGUAGAUGACAGGACAUCAUAA